GGGGAGGAUAUCCUCCAAGCGAGGUUACUGUUUACUUCCCAUUCUCGUUCGAGGAUAUCUCCACCCAAGUCACCUAGAACUAUCUAUCAUAUGAGCAAGCGAUCAGAUAUCCAUAUGAAAUUACUAUUCUCCGGUCUCCUAGGAUCGCAAGAUUGUUUGGCGACUCGAUUCUCGAGUCAGGUGACGACGUUCCCGACAAGGUUCCCUCGAAACGUUGAAACGCUCGUAGCCUAUGAUACAAACUGGAGUAUCUAGCACCAAACUUUGAUAUUGUCUUGGCUGGGCUAUGAGUUAUUAAUUCUUCUAGUGAAUGACGUACAGCCGCAAACAACCCCAGAGAAUUUGCGGAUGCUAAAGACCAAAGUUCGCCACACGCGAAAUCGUCAAAAUCGAUCCUUGGAAUCGUUCUGCCUCAACAACCAUACUUCAGAUCAAGAGAGAAGAAUAGGAAUAGCUAGUCUAGCUUAAUCACGUGAGGUUGGUUGAAUUAAUCUCUAGCAUAGAAUGAGCCUCAUCCACACUCUUCCUCGCGUAGAUCUUCCAUACCUCACGAUUACGAUGACCGGCCAUUCCCACGAUGUGGAGAUCGAACUUUUCGACAACAGUUCCGAUGAUGGAGACAGUCCCCGACAUACACCAAACUCACCAACUUGUAUAGAGGAAAGCCGAUCUCCAAGCCAAGAUCUAUCAGAGGACUUCAGAAGCUGUGUUGAGGCACUUACGCCUCGACAAUCGGUGGAGGAAGACAUUGUCCACGACAGGCCAGAAACUUCUUCGGCCGAGCAUGGGAGAGAGGUCGAAUCAUGUCCUACUUUGUCGAGUUCAGCGAGAUCUUCUUUGUCCUCACAGGAAGGGAGUAGUGCGGCGACACUUCGGCCGACUCGGACGCUGUCACGAGAAGCAAAGAGAGAUUCGAAUGAAGAGGAGCAUUCGUCAGGGAAGCAUUCCUUAGGAAAUGUCCAUCGCAUCCAGCCCGAACCAUCGAUCAAGGUUUCCAUGGCUGAAGACUCGUCACCUGACAGUGCAAGCCCAAAACUAACGAAGAGCUUGGAACCCAUCUAUAUUGGAGGUCUUAAAGUCAUAAGAGAAGUUGACAGUGAUUCUGCAAGAUCACCAACAAUAGGCAGUCCGACCGUGCCAACUGCUGUGGCAGCAUCCAGAAAGCAGCAAUCGCAAGGUUCCAUUACUUUGCUUGACAGCUUUGGAAGGAGUGUCUGGGUCCAUCGUAAUGAUGAGGAAGAAAUGGAUGAAGUGCGUGUUGAUGAGGAUGGAAAUUAUUAUGUGUUUGGACAAGGAGGGUUCCGAGUCCGGCUGAAGGAGGGUCAGAUACAGUCUGACAACACUUCUCAGCCGUUCUGUAUCAGCAACGGACAGAAGAUCAACAUACGUAUGCGCGUACUCUCUUAUGCUCUUGUGCACGAUGCUAAUUCUCAUUCUGUAGAUAUCGUUCCAGACCUUCUGAGAACUUCUGCUCUGCAGGAUCCCAGACCAGAAAACGAUGGCACCAUAACCCCUCGGACAGAACCAAUCGUGAACAACAGAAGCGACCCUCUCCCCUCACCACUCCGAAAUGUCACAAGACCAGCAAACAUCAGAACAACAACUCAAAAGACUCGUCUCCAGCAUUCGAGAACUCCUUGGACGGACCUCUUUACCGGCGUGGCUGAGAAAUCGAAGAACGCCACCACGUACUUGACCAAGGGUGCGCGCUCAAAGAUGAGGAGGUCGCCUCCUCAACCUGCACAGCCAUCACGGACGCAACAACAAUCAACAUCACGAACUACAAGCCGGACGUCAUCUGCUAACAAGUCGGCAGUGGAGACAGGAAAUAGUAGGGAGACACGGGGGAGACGAGUGCCGUUCCUUGGACAAGUGCCGAGGAUUCCUCCGGUUGGGAAUAUUAAGAAGCGUGUUAUGUCCAGGAGACAUUAUUGAGAGACUUUUUUCCUGCCGGCAUAUUGUAAAUAGAGUUCAAUAUGAGCCGAUGCUGAACUAUGCACUCGGAAUGUCGGUUAUGAGGGAGUUCGUUGCCAAGGUGAUGUAUCAAUUUGAGGAUAAGAAAGCACCACGGUUUGCUCCGGCGAGAGAGAAACUUUUCAAUACGAAGCACGAGGAAGAUAGAGCUUGACUAGGAGCGAGAAUCUGUUGCCCGACUGCCUUUGGUGAUUCCUACAGGGUCGU